AUCGUGCACCGACCUCACAGCCCCAGGCAGCGACACAAAAAAUACACAACUCGCGGAUGAAAUCUUCACCGCUCACGCCACCCACCCCGUCCUCGCGCGGCAACUCUCCCGCAGGGGAUCCGCCUCCGCCUCCGCCGCGAAGCGCCGCGUCCAAGAGCCGUAUGAAUACCUUAUACGCGGCACAGCUGCGCGCGUUCCUGGAGGCGGCCGAGGUGGUUGACGUGGACCCGGACGUCAUCGAGGACCUCCUCAAUGAUUUUCCGGAAGACUCGCCUGCCGGAGGCGAGGACGGCGACGUCGAUGUCGAAGACGAAGCCGAGGACGCACAGCAGCCCGCGCAAGGCCAAGAACGGGUAGCUGUAGGCGCCCAGGGAUCGUCGGCCCGGGGCGAGGAAGACUCCGACGAAGAUGAGGACGAAGACCUCGGCGAAGAGUGGACGGCGUAUCUGCAAGAAGCGGAGACCGCGUGGACCAAACAAGAGGUAAAGGACAUGAUGGUGAUGCUCAAGGAGCAAGGGAUGGCGGCGUUCCUCGCCGAAUACGUCGUGCGGCGCGCGAUUCCGAUCCCCAAGCUGCUGUACGCGUUCAAUGUCUGCCUCUGCCCAGAACUCCGCGCCAAACAACCACGGAUGCUCAUGUACCUGCUCCGCGUGGCGCUUUCCCGCGAGCUCGGGUCGCGCGAACGGCUGCUGACGUACAACACGAUCGACGACGUCGUGCGUCUGAUCCACGCCUCGCGGCGCAUCCUGAUCCUGACCGGCGCCGGAAUCAGCGUGUCAUGUGGAAUCCCCGACUUCCGUUCGCGGAACGGCCUGUACGCAUCGCUACAGGAGAACGGCGAGUACGACCUCGACGACCCACAGCAAAUGUUCGAUAUCCAAUACUUCCGGGAGAACCCCGCUGUGUUCUAUUCAUUCGCAAGCAAAAUAUACCCCUCGAACUUUAUACCCUCACCUUGUCACCGCUUCAUCAAGCUCAUAGAAGACAAGGGCAAGCUCCUACGAAACUACACGCAGAACAUCGACACGCUCGAGACGCUCGCGGGCGUCCAGCGCGUCGUGCAGUGCCACGGCUCGUUCGCGACCGCGUCCUGCAUCCAUUGCAGGGCGCGCGUCCCCGGAUCCGCAAUCGCAGACGACAUAAUGAGCCAGCGCGUGCCGCUCUGCACGCUCUGCAACGCCGCCAACGCCCCGGCCGCCGUGCCCGUCAAGGCGGGCAAGAAAAAGGGCAAGAAAAAGAAGGAGGGCUGGGACAGCGACGCGUCCGACGAGCCCGAGCCGCCUGCGUACCCCCCGGGCAUCAUGAAGGCAAGCUGGCCUCCGGAUAUCACGUUCUUCGGGGAAAAGCUGGACGACGUGUUCGAGCGCUCGUUGAUGGAGGACAGGCAGGAGGUCGACCUGCUCAUCAUCAUCGGCACGUCGCUCAAGGUGUCGCCCGUCUCUGAAACGAUCUCGCACCUGCCACAUUCGGUGCCACAGAUCCUGAUCAACAAGACGCCGAUUAAGCACAUCAACCCAGACGUCGUGCUGCUCGGCAACGCGGACGACAUCGUCCUGCACCUCUGCGGCAAGCUCGGCUGGGACCUCCCAGAAGCGCCAGUUCCGACGCGCAACCUCGACGCGCCGAAGCCGAACCUGAAGAAGCGGCUGUCCGCUGAGUUUGAGCGCGAACCGCGACGCGUUGGAAACAGCCAUGUGUGGUUGUUUGAAGGCGCGGAGGGCGGGAGAUGGGUCGAGGAGGUCGAGCGGAGGUCGCUACCUCACCACCCCGAAAGCGGAGCGUCAUCCGCGUCCACCUCUGCUGCGCCCACUCCGUUUGACGACCGGCAGGCGAAGAAACAUAAGACGGAAUAAAAUGGGUCCCGCCUAGCCUGCAGGAUGACAAGCAGGGCGAUCGGUAGAGAGAGGAGAGGCGGGCGGGCAGAGUCCGCGCCGCCUAACGUCGGAGGCGCAGCCGGAAUGCGUUCUUCGACUGAGGCGAGUUCGCGUCCAGGUAGUCUUCGUAAAACCCGACAAUGAACUCCUCGGCCUUGAAACCGAAGCGGUUAUAUAGGAGCAUGGCAGGAUUGUUUAUAGAUACAUGCAGAGUGAUGUCCUUGUGCGGGUUGCGCAUGAUGAGGUGGUACAACAUAGAUGUUGCGAUCUGAGAAUUGUCCCAGCCGGCGCGUACAGCAAGGUACGUAAUAUACGUUUCCUGCGGAGAGCUGAGGAAGCCAGCGCCUACUACAAGCUUUUUGUAUGUAGCGACGACAGUGCACUUCUCUGGUGAAUACUCCAGGGCGUCGCUCACAUUCACACCCUCCCAGAAGGCACGAGCAAGUAUAUCGUGGAUUUGAGGCAGAUGAUACGACUGCAGGGUGGAAUACACGAUGGGUGCUUCUGACUCGACAGCUUGUUCGCGCUCGGCA